AUGUUGAUACCUGAAACAAAAAUUUGCUCUAUAUGUUUGGGAGAUGGAAGCACGGAUGAUAGUGAUCCAAUUGUGUUCUGUGACCAUUGCGGACUCAUUGUUCAUGAAAGUUGUUAUAAUGCCGAUACGUUGGAUGAUAAAUCAUCUGAUUCUAGUUCACCAUCAGAAUAUUGGUUUUGUUCACCGUGUUUAGCUCAAAUUGAUGAUCCGAUCUGCGCCCUGUGUCCCGAGCGCGGUGGUGCAUUUUGGCCUACUCUGGAGUCCAGCUGGUGUCAUGUUGUUUGUGCAAUGACAGUUCCAAAUGUACUUUUAUACGAAGAAAUUUAUUAUACACCGGUUGAUCUGUCGAAUAUACCACCACAAAAAUUUGGAAAUAAACCUUGUAAAUUAUGUGAAAAUGCGAGUUAUGCUAGAACAGGCGUAACUGUUCAAUGUGAUGCUGGUUUAUGUCCAAAUUCCUUUCAUGUGUCGUGUGCAAAUAAAAACGGAUUUCUGCAAAUACACGGAGAUAUAACCAAACAUGAAUGUGAGAUUUAUUGUCAAAAUCAUCAAUCAUCCGAAUUGUAUAAACAAGUGAAACGAAAUUAUACAAUGAUGGACAUACAACAAAAACAACUUGAUAAACGAAACGCAACAGAUAUUGAUGAUGAAAUGUUAAAUGCUUUAGCAGAGCAUCGACCAUUAUUCAAAAAACGCUUAACAACAUUUCCAAGGUUACCAAAACCGACGAAAUCACAUGUUGCACGUUCUUUAAUGGCUGAUCCAAUAGCGCUGAAAGCAUUCUAUGAGAAAGAUGUUCGCCUUAAACAUAAACAUACAGCCUCCGCAACAUCAGCAAAUGGAGUUCAUGGAGAAGAGGAUGAUAUAGACUUAACAUCUACAAACACAAAUCCAUUAAUCGCAUUUCCAGCUAAUGAAGAAGAACUUCGUCAAAUUCGUUUGAAAAUUGAUGAGACUGAAAAACGUUUAGCUGAAUUAGAGAAUGACACUGUUGACAGCGAACUGCUAGCUGAACAGGCAGCGCUUCAAACUGAAUAUAACGAUCAACGUCAAACUUAUGAAACAACAUUUUCGCGUUAUAAAAAACUACAAGAAGUUCUCAAACUGUACGAUUGUCAACUACCACUUUUUACUCCAUCAACUCAUGAUCAAAACGGAUCAGUACUACAAACUAAUACAACCAGUGCCAGCACUACUCAUGCUGCACGUUCGCGUUUAGCUGAUUCGGGACCAUCGGUAAAAGGUCGACAAAAAUCAUCAUCAUCAACAACAACAAAAGAGGAUAUGAUGUUAUUACCGUCCAAAGAUGACUCGCAAUGCGCAGAAUGUGUUGAUAAACAAGAAAAAUUGAAAGAUAUCGAUGUUGAUGUAAAUCAACCGCGAAAAACUCGUCCGAGAAAGACAAAUGAACUUGUUUUACGUGAAGGUGUUAAUAAAGGUCAAUUUGAUGAAAAAUUUCCUUCAAAACGUUCAUCUCUUCAUCCCACUACAAAGCCACGAUCUGAAACAACAACAGAACCAAAUGUGGAUGAAACAAUGGACGAUAAUACAUCGAAUACACAAAAUGUCGAAAAACCGACACUACCUUCAACCUCUCGAAAACGUGCAUUAUCUGUUCAACAAUCUUCUUCUGAUAAAAAAUCUCGCACUAAACGUUUGAAAACGAUCGAUGAUAAAUCUACUACAAUAUCAGCCCCAGCUGUCGAAUCAAAAGAAGCAAAAGAUUACGAUCCGUUUGAAACUGCGUUAAGUUCAGAUGAUGAUGAAAAUACCUUGUACACAAUGGGACCGGCAUCUGCCGCUGUGGAGAAUGAUAAUGAAAAAAAAACUCGUACAGUUUCAUCGACCUCGUCUGCAGUCACAGAAAUAGUUAAUGGAGAAUAUGAUUAUCUGCCACACGUUACAUUGAAUGGUGAUGAAUCAAAUGAUGUCCAAGAACAAAAACCUCUGAAAAGCACUACAACGCCUCCGCCAAAUCGAGCAAUGUUAAUUAAACAAUUAUUCACAAGAAAAAAUUCAACAACAACUCCAGAACGAAAAUCGGUCAUAGAACCAGGCUCGUCAAAAUCGACAUCUUCAUCAGCUGCAAAGGAGAAAAAAUCGGCUAAAAAACGUGUAUCAAAAGUAAAUGCGACAAAGACUGUUUCAGUCGACUCGCCAAAGAAAUCAAAACAGCAACGAAAGUCGUUAAAUGCAUCGGCAACCAGCAUUCCAUCUAGUGUGAAAGACGUACCAAAAGCAAAUAGUACUGUCAAACAACAGAAUCUGACGCCGACAGGAAAAUCAAAGAAAAAUUCUGGAACUAAACAAAACCGUGCUAUGGCUGCUGAAAAUAGUAAAUUAUCUGAUCCAAUGUCUAUUUUUGAUUUUUUUGACGAAGAUGAUGGUGAAGUAAUUGAAUUGAGAUCGUCAACAUCUCAACCGUCUCAUACUACUGCGGAAUCAUCUUCCACGUUUUCAACAUCAAUUAAAAAGGAGCCGCUCGAAAAAUCUUCAACAACGCCACGUUCUCGAGGUCGUCGUACGAGAAAAAGUGUUUUCGAACCACCGAUUGGAGCAGUUUGUCGAGAAUGUGAACAAAAGGGAGCAAAUGAGAAUAUGACCGAUUGUGAUGAAUGUAAAAAUUAUUAUCAUUUUCAAUGUUGUACGCCUCCAUUAACCGCAUAUCCCAAAACACGAGGUUAUGGUUGGUCAUGCCAUCGUUGUAGUGUUAUGAACGAAAGCUCAAAAGAGGAUAGCCCACAAAGCUCAACUAUGAAGACUGGUAAACGUGAACGAAAAAGUCGUUAUGCCAAUCAGAAUGAGUAUGUUUUGGAAGAAGCAUAA